AUGGCAUGCCUCUUUGUAUCGUCCAAGGUCGAGGAUACGAUCAAGAAGCUCAAGGACAUCAUGAUCGCCACGUAUAUCUUUCGACAUCCUAACGCGACAGACUGGGAUACUGAGAGCAAGGAGGGAGAGGAGCAACGGAAACGGGUCCUAUUGUACGAGAAAAUGGUUCUGGAGUCCAUUUGCUUCGACUUCAGGAUCAUCCACCCCUACGACUACAUCAUCAAGUUUGUCAGGAUCAUGCAAGGCUCGAAGCAACUGGCGCGUCAAGCGUGGGAUAUUGCUCAGGAUAGCUACAAGAUAGGAGUAUGUCUUGAAUAUCCACCCCACACGAUUGCUGCAGGAUCGAUCUAUCUCGCAUCGAAGCUCCUUGGCGAGUCAUUUCCAGAUCUUAUCAAAGGAAAGCCGUGGAUGAAAGCUUUGCGGACACGGUCAAUAGAUGUUGAAGGACGGUCGGAUGAACAGAGACAGUUGUACGACAAGAUCCACAUCACACUGCAUGACGCCAGACAGUUGGACAUACAACAUCAGCAACCACCGCUCAAAAAAGCUCGCACAGAAUACUCAAGGACCAUUGGAGUUCAUGCUGAAUUGGAGCGGAUACAAGAUGGAGGUGCUUCGAAUCCGACUGUCCGGUACAGUCAAUCGUAG